AGUCCUACCAAGUCAGCUGAGAUGGAAGGGCCCACCCCCUCCAAAACGCUUAAGCCUCCUGAUGUCAAUGAAGAGUCUUUGGACCCUAGGAUUAUCAUUGCCUUAUUUAAAACUGGAUCCCUUCCCCCUGCCUCCUGUGAUUCUCCUCCUCCCCUAAAAACUAGUGACCAUGAAGCAACUGAACAACGGAUUGCAAAGAAGUUUGAAAAUCUCUUAAAAGAACUUAAAGAUAUUAUUAAAAAUAUGACAAGUUAUGAAGAGAAGACCACAGAAACAAAAGAAUCUUUUGAGGAAAACAACAUCUCUGAGGAUGUGUCAGAACUUAAAGAAAAAAUCAGAGGACUUGAUAAAAUAAAUGAAGUACUCUUGAAAAAACUGGUUGGUAGUUUGGACCUAGAAAAAGAACAGAAUACAAAGAAACAGGAGAUGAUGUUGGAAAACCAGAACUCCAACGACACAAUACAAGGUUUUGCAAGGGAUUUGGUAAAUUGUUCAGAAGUAAAAACAGCCCUUCAUGAAACUCAGCUAAGUAAGGAAAAAGCAAAUUAUGGAUUCCUUCACGUUCAAGAAGAAAAUACCAAACUGAGGAACAACAUGGAGCAGUUACUACAGGAAGCAGAACACUGGAGUGUGCAACAGACUGAGCUUAGUGAACUAAUAAAAUCCUAUCAAAAGUCUCAGAAAGACAUGAAAACUCUUGAACAUAAUGGAGCCCAUUCCCAAACUCAACCAAAUAACGAGAUGUCAGCUAAGCAUGAGCUGGAAGAACAAGUGAGGAAACUGAAACAAGACACAUAUUCAAUGCAUUUGAUUGCAGCUUUGCUGGAGAAUGAAUGCCAAAUCUUGGAGCAGAGAGUAGAGCUUCUCAAGGAACUCCAUAAUCAGAAAGAGAGACCUCUACAGGAGAAGCCAAUCCAGACAAACCACAAGCAGAAAAAGAAAGAACAGAAGUUAUCAGAGGCAGAGAAGGUCAGAAUACAACAGCAAAACAUGCAAGAAAUGGAAGGUACAUUUCAAGAAGGAGAUCAAUUCUAUAGAAGCCUGGAUGCUUGUCAUAAAAAGAAAGCUUGUAAUAACCAGUUCAAUACUCAUGUUGCAAGAAGAGCUCUUAUAGGAAAAAAGAGGCCAGCCAGCAGCCUAAGUUAG